UAGACUCAGUAGUUGACCUGUGCUCUUGCGCUACUCUUUGCUUAAUUAUUCUCAUAAUGAAAUCAUAAGAGGAAAAAGAAAAAUAGCAUACUUGAAGGUAGUGCUGAUCUGAGAAUAAUUCUACUGAAGAGGAUUUGAGGCCACUUGUUAUACAGCUCAGCCAAGUGGUUAAUGGAGUUCCAUCUUUACUAUCUCUGCAAAAUGUAGAAACGCUUGUGGUUGGGUUUUGUAAAAUAGAAGGCAUUUUUGAGCUGACUGGACUUCCCAUCAAUGGGGUGCUAGAUCCACUGACAUUAAGCUUACACCAUUUGUCUUUGGCGAACCUACCCGAGCUGGGUUAUAUAUUUAGGGGUCCUUUACAAGUUCUGAGCCUUCCUUGUCUAGCAGAACUAUGUGUUCAUGCAUGUGGAAGAUUAAAAUCUAUUUUCUCAGCUUGUAUAGCUGAAAGCCUACCUCAUUUGGAAGUGCUGGACAUAAAACAUUGUGAUCAGUUAGAGAAGAUUGUUGAUGAUGAAGAACAACAAAAUUGUUUGAAUCAUUGUAAGGAAUCCAAUGAAGUGGAGAUCACUGUGAUUUCUACUCCUCUUGAGUAUAUGACUCAUGCCAACAGAAGCACAGGGCCAUUUCGUUUGCACAAUCUUAAACAGCUGAAAAUAGCAUCUUGUCCUAUGUUGAGAUCAUUGUUCACCCCAUUCACUGCUAAAACUUUGACGUCACUUCAAUAUUUGACAAUAGAAGAAUGUCAUGGAUUGAAAUUCAUAGUAACUGAAGAGGCAGUUCAAGAAAAUAACAGGGAGGAGAUGAUUAUGAAGGCUAAUGAAGGGAACUGUGAUGUAUUGUUCCCCAAAUUGGAAGUUCUUAGGGUUGAAAAAUGUGAUUUAUUGGAGUACUUAUUUCCAGUUUAUUAUGCUCGCGGUCUAGUGGAACUGAAAAUUAUGUUUGUAUGUGAAGCUCCCCAGAUAAAGUAUAUAUUUGGUGAAAGUCAGCACAGAAAGAAUUCUUCCAAUAAAAACAAAAGUCAGAUCCAAAUUCAGCUUCCUGCUUUGACUGAACUUUGUCUUAGAGGUCUAUCAAGAAUUAUUAGCAUUUGCCCAGAAAGGUUUUAUGUUUCAUGCUUAUCUUUGCGACGAUUUUCUCUUGAUUCACUUGGAUUACCCAACAUGUUGACUAGGAAUUUGAUAUCUUCAAAAGCAUCACAGUGGGGUUCCACAUCCAACCAGGUGUCAUUGGAAGAAGUUGAAUAUGGACAAACCAUAGAAGAUUCAGGCAAACUUUCGCUUUGUAACUGUGAAAUAGAAGCCAUUUUCCAAAUAGAAGGACCUUCAAUUAAUAGAGAUCAAGAUCCACUGACCUUAAGCUUAAGCUACUUAGAUCUGCACAAUUUACCUGAAUUGAAGCAUAUAUGGAAGGGUCCCCUACAACUUCUGAACCUUGAAAAUCUCAUAGAGUUAUCUGUAGUUGAGUGCCAAAAAUUGCAACACAUCUUCUCUUCCUCAGUCUUGAGAAGCCUUCCCCAUUUAAUGUCCUUCACUAUUAAAAAAUGUGACCAAUUGAUGCAAAUUAUUGAAGACAAAGGUGAUACAAAUUUUUUAUCUCAUCAUUGUCAGCGUGUAUGUUUCCCAAGGCUGGAAAUCCUUGAUAUUCAGCAGUGCAAUGACUUGAAAUGUCUUUUAUCUAUCUCCUCAUCUCAUGAGUUUCCUCAGCUACAAUACCUGUUUAUAGAAAAUUGCUCUCUAUUAGAGAAAGUCUUUGGGGAGGAAUGUGAGAUUGAACAAGAGCAGACACUUUCACUUCCCACUCUGGAGUGCCUAAGGCUUAGAAAACUGUCUACUUCUAUACCAGUAGUUCUGAAUGGUUAUGAUCCUUCACCUGUUGUCAUUCUGGAUUCAGAAGCUACAAAUUCCUCUCCAAUAGCUCCCUCCAUUGAUCUAGAGUCAUCAGUUUCACUUCCUCUUGUUCAUCAUAGAAUACCUACUGAGGUUGAUCCGUUGGAUUCUUCAAUGGGGCAAUGGGAUAUUACUCCAACAGAAUAUGCUGCUUUUAGGGAUAUAGGGCCAAUCAAGAAAAGGCACGUCCCUCUUUUAGAGCAAGCUAUAUCAAGUUACCCUUCUCUUUGGUCAUGGCGUGAGAAAUUCAUGCGACCAAAAAUGAGAGAAUUUGGAUACACCAUUUUGGGUGAUAUGUUGGAAUUCCUCACAUUGACAAGGUGGGGAGACCUUACUGAAACAAAAUAGGUUGAAUUUGAGUCUUUAGUAUGUGAGUUGGAGACCUUUGGCUUUGAUAUUCAAUGGUUGAGGAACACAGACAUUGAUUAAGCAAAGCCAAAUACACAAGGAAACCAUUGAUCACAUGAAGACACUUGAAAUGCAAGUAAAGGAACAACAUGCUGUUAUGGAGGACCUGGAGGUUUGUCUCCAAAUGGCCAAAGUGGAGCUAGCAAAUUUGAAAUCAGAACUAGGUAGCUUAAGAUGUGAGCUUGGAAACUUUGAUGAAUUCAUAGGAUUUUGAACAAGUAAAUAAAGCUUUGACAUCAUUUCCUGAUAGAUAAAAUUUUAGUAUGCUAAAUUUGACUUUGCGAGUUGUAAUUUGAAAUGUUUUACUGGAUAAAAUAAAUAAAUCAUUCGUGCAUCGAUU